UUCCCGCUGCAGGAUAACAUCAUGAUCCUGGCAUGGAUGCCAGUGGCAUUGGAGCCAUCAUAUUCUCGAAUCCCCAGCUGCUGGGAGGAGAAUGUGGACGGCGCAGAGAGUUGUGAGGAAAAAAGAAAAGAAGAAUCUUUUUAAAGACGAGCACCGAAAAUAUUUUCCCGUGGUCUCUCACGUGACCACUGCCCGAUACGGCCUAGCGCCUCGCAUCAAUCGCGCUGGACCGCCAGUCGCCCUCCAGCAAAACGAAAAGCCUCAAAAGAGAAUCUCUCGCUAUGAGGCUCAUCUGAUUGUCUUUUUCUUUUCCUUCUUUUUUUUCUCUCCAUUCCUUUCCUUUCUCCCUCGACCCUUUCAGUUUGUGGCCUCUCCAGUCUCGUUGAAUAGUUUGUGUGGUGUGUUUCCAAACCCCCCCCCCAGCACGCUCGUUGUUCCUCCCAGCGAGAUCCUGGCGAUCGCGACAGGUGCCGGAUUUAGGAGUCGAACGACCUGGCGGGAAGAGGCGAUUCUUAUUUUUAGUCUCGAUCCAUGAUCCCCCAUCCUCCCUGCAUCUCAUAUCUAUCGCCGCCGGCUCAGUCGCCCGUCCUGCUGCUGCGUCUUGGCCUCCGCUCCGACGCUAAAAGCGGCCUGUUGUCCUCCACGUC